ACACUCAUCGUGCACGGGGAGGUCGCCACGCUCGGUGUGCGGAUGGCUCUGGCACUACGGCUGGUGUUGUCGCCUUCGUCGGUCGGUCGGUCGGUCAGUCUGUGAACAGCCUAUCUACGAGCAGCACGCAAAAGCGGUGUUCUUCCGUCAAUCGAGGUCGCGUGUCAAUUCAAAUAUACAACUUGAUACAAGAGUAGCAGUGGUCUGCAGCAACAAUUAACUAGAAUAUUAGAAGAGACGGUGAACAUUGAAAGUGCCCUAUAGAACAGUGAACUGUUUGCGAAACAAUUCCUUAGGAAGAAAGUGAUCUCUGAAUAGUGGUCAAGAAGUGUCCUAGUGGAAGAGUGAACGAACACAAAAGGAUAACACAGUAGUAGAGACUAUACCGGAGUGUUGGUUGGUCAACCGUGGACCGGUUGUAGGUGGGUGAUACUCCCCCCUUGAUUGGAUACGUGACACACAGGGGAAGAACCUGGAUUGUGGAGUGUGCAGCGAAAGUGAAAACUAGCUUCCGGAAGCCACCGCGGUGGAAACAUCUCAAUUAUACAAAAUAUUAAACAGCUCUCCCCGAAAAUAGAGUGAAUGGUACACGACCGAAGAAGAGUGCGAGCGAUAAACACAACCCCGAAUCCUAGGAGGCGAGGCAUUUGCAGCAGCAAGUGUGUAAACGUGCGCCAAGCGUGAAUGUUAAGAAGUGGAGGAUAGACAUAGAGAGUGAGAAACAGCGGGCGGAAAAGUGAAGCAGUGCCAGCAGCCGGAGCAACAAAUCUUGUGUCUUAAAACGGUUAAUAAGAAACAGCUAACGGCAAGGUCGUAUCUCGCGCGAAGGCACAGUGUUGUUCGCGGUGAGAAGAAACGCGAAGCUAAAAGAAACACGCGAAAAAGUGAAGGAAAGACGAAAAAUUGCCGUUCAGAGGCAAGGCAGAGAGAGAGCGAAAGAGCGUAAGGAGCAGAGCGAACAGAAGUGUGAAGGAAAGACGAAAAAGACUAACCCAUCCCGCACGCUCCCUUCCAUCAAGUGUGGCCGACUGUGUCUUUGAGAAACUAUUAUAGGCAUUUGAAUCGAACAAAAAAAAAAUUGAACAAAAAAGUGCGAGUGAAUGAAUUUGGAGCGUGAACUAAAAACUGUGUUGUGAGUGUGGUCAAGAGACAAGAGUUACGGUUUUCUACUGUCUUAUUUCUUUUUUUUUCGGGGACUAAAGUCCUGACCUGAUCGUGCAAAUUCCGGAGCUCGAUCGGAAGAACGAGUGUGAAAUCCAUCGCGCAAAGAGACUGUGAUUUAACAAAAGAGAAACUAUUUACGGGCACUGCACGCACAGUAGCGAUCGAAAGUGAAGAGCAAAGAAGAGGCGGUAGUGUGAAGACAUGAAAUAGAGAAGCGAAUCAACCCCGCACUGCUCCACAGCACACACAGAGAGUAAUUUAGCAGAGAAAUAUUUUGUUGGCGCAUUUUUGUCGAUCCAAUUGUGAACUAGAAGCAAAGUGAUAACCCUCCUGUCUCGGACGGUGGAAAUAUCGGAACAUUUGAAGAAGAAGAAACCAUGACCCUGCCGUGCAACAACACCUCCAACGUUGCCGAGGACGAUUCAGAUAUGUUUGGACCACCGCAUACCUCUCCUCCGAUCCGUCGGAACCGACCCAAGGUACCGAUGAUAUCGGCCCAGCUGAGGAUGCGUGAGGUUCGCAAGCGAAUCCUGCAGCUAUGCGUCCACAAGCUUGAACGGAUCAAGGACUCCGAGCGGAACUUACGGCGCUCGGUUUGCAUCAACAAUACGUACUCCCGGCUGACGGAUGACAUCCGGCGGGAGAAGCAGAACAAGUAUCUGAUGCUGAAUCAACUGGCCAAAUCUGACACCAAUGGCAAGCCCAACAGCGACAGUACCAACAACAACAACAACGUCAACAACAACAACAACAUCAACGUCAACAACAAAAACAAUGAAAACCUAAACAGCAGCAACCAUCAGCUGCGGGUAGACGAGCUCAUGAGCAAGAAUUACUACAACAACAACAACAAUGACAGUAGCAGUAUUAAUAAUAACAAAUCUGAAGAAAUCAAAGCAACCAAACAGAGAUCCUCCUCGGUGGAGACUGACCUGGAAACGCUGGACCGAGAGCUGUGUGCGCUGGACGCCGCGAUGCCACUGGUCGAUCCGGAAAUCACCCAAGGUGCCGAACAGCUGGAACAGGCCAUGGUAUCGCGGAAGCGCAAGUACUCCCAAAUGGACGACGAGGACAACGAUCGCCUGGUGCGGGAAGCGCUGUCUCAAUUCUACCUGCCGAGCAACCGGCUCCUCACCGGAAUCGAUGACUGCCCCUCGCACCUGCUGGGUUCCAAUUCCUCGCCUUCCAUCGACGCCAAGCGUACCAAAGUAGAUCUCCUGGACAACGGUCUCCACCACCACCAUCACCAUCAUCACCACCACCAUCAUCAUCCCUUUCACUCGCUGCCGGACCUGAACGUUGCGCUCGAGCUCUCGCACCAAAGCCACCAGCACCAGAAAGAUUUCGAAGUCAUCAUGGACGCGCUGAGGAUAGGAGCCGCCGGAAGCGCCAUGACCGGUGCGACCGCAACCGGGUGCAACCUGAUCGGCAACAUUGACUCGUGCGGCCAGGCCGCAAUGAUGAUGAGCGGUGAGACCGGUAGCGUGUUCCACAACCUGGUGGUGACGUCGCUGGAAACUUGAAAGUAGGCCAGCGCCACGCACAGCCCCUGCCAGCAUCACCUCCGCUUGCGCUGCCGCUGUUGCUACUGCCAUCUCUGGUGGUGCACGGCGGCAACAUUCCGCAUCGGUACCGGUGCCGGUAAGGAUCUGCAAUACCCUCAAUAGUACUAAAGAACACCUCUCAAGACGGAGCAGAAGCCUUCUGGCGAGCAAAAAUCGCAUUGAUCUUAACUUAUUUGUAGCAGAAACAAAGCAAACACGGGCGUUAACGCUUCAUUAUUUAAAGACACUCAUACAUGCAUACAAACGCAAUGUUUUUUUUUUUUUUUUUUUUUAGUAACGCAUUAUCGGUAGGAAAAUAUUUAUAAAACUUCAUUAAAUCGCGGAAAAAGCGCAAGUUUCGUCUUCUACGAAGUCAAUCACAAUCCGGCGCACACAUACCUACACACACACAUACGCGCAGGCAAACAAAGUAGGCGACAUCCAAGCAGGCACUUGCGCUGCGCUGAUUCGUUCGGUGCUCGUCGAUAUUCGCGUCGAUCGCUAAUGCAACGCGCGCUAGACAAAAACGAGGAAAAAUGUAAGUGAAAGUGCAAGAAAAACUCGCCGAUGCUCCGCCGUCGUCGUCGUAUUCGUCGUGCACGGUUUGCUGCUGAUGGUGAUGAUCAUGGACGGUUUGGCAUGUUUUCUAAGCGCAACAGCAACAAAAAAGAAACUAGUUAAAAACGAUCACAGCAAACAGCGGCGGCGGCCGUACCAAUGCACGGUUGAGUAAUCGUCGCGAGCGAACCUAUGUGUUCGUGUGUGUGUGUGUCUGAGUGUGUGUAUGUGCACGUGCUUGUUUCUUGACAAAAGAUGUCGAAUGCGAACACGUGCACACACACGCGGACAAGCGUGAGCACUCGCUGUAUUUCAAACCAACUCGUUGCCAAAAUUAACACGUUUUUAAUUUAUAAAUAAAGUAAAACAAAAAAGCAAGCAAAACUCGCAAACUACUUUCGUUCAUACUCUUGGGAAGUUCGCAACAGCUCGCAAUCAAAGCUUUUCCCUCUAUUGCAUUGAUCUACAAACUGUGUACACAAAAGUAAGAACGACAUCAGAAACAAUAGACGUAUAGGACAAGAUUUGACGACAGAGAGCGCAAAACAAAUCGAAUAGAAGAGGAAAAUUUAUAGUAAACAGAAUCUGUGAUAUUAGUCGUGUAAGGUGCAUACGCUAGAGCAAAAGAAAAACAGAAUAAGUAAUAGAAAUCGAUUGCAAUUUCAAGGCAGAGGAAACGAAACACAACCAGUCCGAGGCAGAGAAAGAGGAAUAAAGAGAGAUGGAAGUAAAACUGAGAUUUUAAGUUUCUUCACACACCUCUUAGUGCAUAUUUGAAAAACCAAACUAUUCCAAAUGUGUGGAAAUGAAAGAGAUGGAAAAGCAAAGACCGAAAGAGAUAAAGAGAGAGAGAGAGAGAGUGAGAGCGAGUGAGUACUUGGAGCUGAAAGCGUAAUUUUAACCUUUCUGAAGUGUAUUUUUGUUCACUCUUAUUUUUAGUAAAUUCGUUGAUGGAAAAUGCAAAUAUUAAAUUCGUAGAAUUUCAACUAUUAUAUUAAAAAUGCCAAGUGAUUAAAGACCAAGUGUAGAACAAAAAAUCGCAUAUACAUACAUAAAUCGUUAGGUUUCAAAGCCACAAAAACCAUCCACUGUGGACGUGUGCGCAAAUGUACGUAAAGACCAAAGCAAAUUCUUUAUUACCCUCAACAUGUCCCAAGUAAAUAAACAAAUAAACAAAACUGGGAAUCUUCCAAUCGAUCGAGCAAAAACAACAGCAACACACAAACCUACUGGAAGGCAUUACUUCUUAGCCAAAAAUUUACGCCUAUUGAAAUCACUAUCAAAUUUGUGAAACGUCAAUUGCUUUAAUUUUGUUUGCCAAACAUACCAACUGAGAGCAAAGAUUGCCUGGCAAAUCAAUGAAAAGUUGUUGAAUAUAGUUUAUUUUUUUCUUUGUUAAAAUGUAAACAUUCCGACGAAAACAAGUGCACCAAUCAACAACAACAACAGCGAACAGGCAGCUGGAUUGCGUAGCAAUUUUCUCCGAUUGAAACCAGCCGCCAUCGGUACUUAAGUGAAAUAAUAUUCCCCCAAAAUCUGCUCCAUUACGGACCAAAACAAACGCGUUCACAUGAAUUAAAUCGCCUCAGUAGGAUCGAUGAAUUAAAAAAUCAAAAAGAAGAAAAUAGCGUCAACCAUCAGACAAUGUAAAAACAAACCCAAAGUGCUUGAAUUUGUUGAAUUGAAAUUACCCUUUUUACCUGGUAAGGAUAAAAAAAAACACACGCAUUAAUCUAUAAACAAAACUAUAUUUGUAAGAAACGAGAUAAGCAAGCAGCAUCGUCUCUUCAAAAACGGAGCAAGAGUUGGAGAAAUCAAAGUUUACCAAGCCAUUUAUGUUUCGCUUCUAUUGUCUAUUACUUUUAUUAUCAUUAUCAUUAUUUAAAACGUUGUACAAAUGCCGGAUUUGUUGACAAGGGUUACCUACACCAAAAACCAUCCAAAA